CCCCUCAGCGCAGCCAGGGCCGGCACAGCCCUGCUCCCCACUGCCUGAGUGCCUGGGGAUGAGCAGAAACGCUCUAUCUGGGGGCUACCAGCACUGUAGGCAGGGCAACCUGUAAAGCUCCAGGGCCAGGCCUGGUGCGGCCCCUGCCCACCCCAGCAGAGCAGCAUCACUGCAGUCUUGCUCCUGCUGAAGCAGAGGAGACACCAUUUCGAGGAAGGCUGUAGCACUGACCGAAGACCCAACAAGCCCAUCUUCAGCUGCUGUGGCAGCAGCCACAGGCAGAAGCCAGACACAGCCCAAGGUGCCCCAUCUCCAUCUGUCCAUGCCCAAGAACUUUCCCCAUAGUGUCACAGAUGAGAAGCUCGAGGUGCUGCUUAUGAACAGCAGACUGUGGCUGGCAGCUGAGGUGUGGAAGGAGCAGCCUGUGGGAUGUGCCAGCUCUUGUCUCUCUGCUCUCGUUCCCUGCCAUGGCUCCUGUCCUGAUGCUCCUGCAGUCUGACCUGGGCCAUGCUUCAGGCACCCUCUGCCCUGUAGUCAUGCUAAAGGCUGGAUCAAGGAUGCUUCCCAACCAACUGACUCAGCAGCAGCAGCGAGGUGGGCACUAUUUCUGUGCCACAACAGUUGGCAGAUACUCCUGAGAGGGACCCUGUCAGCUCUGAGCAAACGUGAUUUUGGUUUAUGUCUUUUUUUCUAAGCACCAUCCAGCAGAGAAAGCGCCUGCUUGGAGUGGGAAUGGGGAGGAGACAAGCAGGGCACAGGCACUAACCAAACAAGAAGAGACAGGCUUCAUGUGAGAGCUGAACAACCCAUGAACACGCUGGGCUUGAGCACAGCAACCACCUUCAGCUGCAAAGGAAAGCAAGACAGGGAAAGUGUGCACACAGCAGGGGAAAGUCAUGAGACAGGACCACGCUCCUGCUUUUCACUACAGGCAGUUGGUUUGUGCAGCAGUCCCGGCCCAGGACCUGCCCCACACACGGAGCUGUGGGCUGGCCAAGCGCCGGGAGCCCCAUCUCCUGGGGGACGCACAGGCAGCCCCUGGUCAGGCUGCAGAGCUUGUGCUGGCGCUGGCAGGCAGCCCAGCUGUAACACAGUGUGCUCACUGCGACUGGCACAGCAGGAACAGACCUCGAGCACACACAGGCCUGAAGCCUCCAGAGCUGCAAAGCAAACGAAGGGAGGGGGAGGAGGCGGCGCAGGCAGCACCUCACCAUCCACCCGCACUCCCUGGAGGAGGAUCAGCAGGAGCACUCACCUUCAUCUUUGUCCCUGGACAAGGAGCACACACACCGAGAAGUCCUGGCAAGGACAAAAGCCAGCCCGAGUUACCAUUUGGUGUCAUGUUGGAGCAACUGGCACAGACCCUGGCCACGCUACGCCUGCUGUGGAGCAGAGGGAGAGAAGGAAAACACCUCCCAUGCUGCAGCAACCACCUGGGCCUGCUGCCCCACAGGCGGCAAAGAUGCACCGAGGGAAGGAGGAUGAGGAGGAUGAGGAGGAACAUCCCGUCCCUGCGCUGGGCAGACGCAGAGCUGCUCCAUCUCUCCAGGUCAGGUGUUGCCUCCCAGGUGCUCAGCUGGAGGAGCCCAAGGCUCCAAGCAGACCCCUCACUGUGCUGCUGCAGGCCAGGCCUGGCAGAGCUGCUCCCGUCCCUUACAGCCCCAUGUCCAGCCACAAACAAGAGCAGGAUUUGCCUUACGAAUUAAGGAACAAAA